AUGUCCAGCAUUACGUGUUCGGUGCGGGGCUGUCACAACAAUUGGGUUAAAAGACGGGCAUCCCUACAACAGUACUGUGUGGUCCACGGGAAAACUAGAGCAGAAUGUUGUGGGGCAGCUUUUAAUCUUUACCCCCCGCCAUCCAGCGACAAGGACCGGCGUAUGUGGCUGAAGGCGGUAAACUUGAAGAAACCUCCAAAAAAGCCCUACGUCUGUUCUUUUCAUUUUGUGGACGGCAAACCAUCAGACCAACACCCAUACCCCGAGAAAUGGUUGGGAUAUGUUACUCCUCCGACAAAAAAGGCUCGUUGUAUACUUGUGAGGCUCCCAGAAACACCCUCAACCAGUUCUGCAAGCCAGGAGACUGAUGGGAUAACUGAGAUGACUGAUAGGAUGACACACUGUGAUGCUUCUACACAGUGGGAAUAUCUACACAUGGAAGAUCACACUUAUGCUGUCAGUGACCCACUCCAUUGUCCUCACCUCCACGACCAGACAACACCGUGUCCUGAACAAAAUCUGGUACACGCCGAACUUCUCCGGAAUGAUCGGCUGUCUCUACUGUACACUGGGUUGUCACUGGAUGCAUUUGAGGCUUUGGCCGACGAGCUGACAGCAGGAUGCAGCAUCUCUCAGUUACACCCCAAAGAUCAACUGUUGAUGACCCUGAUGAAGCUCCGGCUGAACUUAUUACAGGACGACAUCGCAAAGAGAUUCAGAGAGUCUCAGACUAUGGUCAGUAGGAUAAUCUCUCAGUGGCUGGACAUUAUGGAGGAGAAGAUGAGGUGCUAUGUUCUAUGGCUGCCCAGGGAGACAAUCCAGGCAACGAUGCCACAGUGCUUCAAGGAACAUUAUCCAUUAACUACAUGCAUCAUCGACUGUUCUGAGACCCCUCUUCAGAAGGCUCACAAUCUGGACUCAAGAGGCGAGUCUUACAGUCAUUACUAUGGACAAAAUACAAUCAAGUUCCUCAUAGCUAUUGCACCAUGUGGUUUGAUAAUGUUCAUCUCGCCAGCAUAUGGUGGGAGAUCCAGUGACAAGUUCAUCACAGCCAACUCAGGGUUUCUGGAGUAUCUGCGUCCAGGUGAUGAGGUGAUGGCUGACAGAGGUUUUGUUAUCCAAGAUCUUCUGUCUGAACGUAAAGUCAAGCUGGUCCUGCCAGCUUUCACCAAAAGAGGCCUGCCUUUGUCUGAAGAAGACACUACCAACACGAGACGCAUAGCUAACGUCCGAGUGCACGUUGAGAGGGUCAUAUGCCGUCUGAAGAACUACAGAAUAGUCUCCGAAACUGUGCCCAUUAACAUCACCCCGAAAUUGUGCAGGUCUAUGUAA